AAAUAUGGCGUCUGAUCGGAUGCUCCGAAGGCGUCUCAGUGUUGAAUCGUUUUAACUGAAGAAAGUAGUAUCGUGUGAGAUCCUUGAUCAUGUCAUCUGCGUCUGUGCAGUAUUAUGUGGGCGUUGCAGCUGAGGCAUGUCAUGAUUAUCAGAGUGGAGAAAGCGAUGACCUCAAUUUCUACAGUGGUGACAUCAUUCUACUCACUGCACAAGUCAAUUCUGAUUGGCUCAGAGGGCAAUUGAUACAGUCAAGGAUCACAUCAUCGUCAAGAUCAGUUUUGUCUUCUUCGGCGGACAUUGUCGUCACCGAAUCAUUAGCCCAGGGCAUGUUUCCUGCCUCAUUUGUGAGGAGAAAAGGACAAUGCAAAGCAACAGGUCAGUACGUGUUCAACGCAGAAUGUGCAGAGGACCUAUCAGUAUAUCCAGGUGAGACCCUUUUCUUGGCAGAAAUCAUAGACGAAAACUGGGUUUGCAUAGAGAACCAACGGGGACUAAGAGGCAAUGUUCCGAGGAACUUCCUUUCUGCAAUCGUCGUAGAAACUGAAGAAAGUCGAGAUCCAGCCACCGGCUUGUUUUCGAAUGGUUUUGGAACCACCACGUCUAUGAACUCAACGAAAUAUCAACAGUCUAAUCAAACACAUGCAAAAAGCUCCUCAGGAAUCGACAGUUUUGGACUGAACAAUGAACUGCCUCCAAGUGCUUCUUUUAUUCAAACCGAACACUCUACAAACAAUAUACAUACAUCAGCAUCAUCAACGCAAUCAAACAGUGCUUCAAGUCCUCAAAAUCACAACGUGACUAAGUCAUCCGCAGCUCCUAUGAAAGCGUUUCAGCCCAAUAAUUAUUCAGCGACUAGCUCGUUUGGAGAUACAUUUUCAUCCAACUCUGCAACAACGUCAAAUUCAAAUUUCGGAUCUGGAGGGUUAGGUAUGAGAAGAGCUGUGUCGCAAUACUUUCCGCCUAGUGACGAGUCAAGUGGGGGAAUCAAUACUGACUUUUUAUCUGCAUGGGAUGACGAUAUGCUAGAAAAGAAAGACAACAGUGUUAGUAAGCGGAGUUCGGGUAUCUUUGGUGGUUCGGGCGGCAGUUUGAACAAGAGUGCCUCCCACUCAGAUGUGAGACAGUUGGGAAAGGGUAAAGGUUGCUCUAAAAGGGAAAGUGCAAUUGAGGAGCUGGUCGGGACAGAGAAGUCUUUUUGCAGAGAUGUGGAGUUGUUCUUGGAAGUCUUCGCUCCCUCGGAUUAUCACUGGACUGCUUUGAAGGUGGACUACAGAAGCAUAUGUGGAAAUAUUGCACAGGUCCACAGCUUUUCCAAGGCCCUAACAGCUGAAUUAGAGAGACAGCGACUGUUGGGUUCAUCAGACGGCGCAGGAGGAGCGGCACAAGACGAGUGCUGUUUCGGCAGAAUGUUUCUGAACAGAAGUGAGGACCUGAUCAAAGUGUACGGGGAGUACUGUUCUGCGUUUGAACAUGUACCGAACACAGUGGAGCAGUACUGUCUUAAUAAAGACAUCCAAAAGUUUUUCAAGAAGGGAAUCAGAGAAAUGAACCAGAAGGGAAGUAGAGCCAUGAAUGUCCAGUCAGUUCUACUGCAGCCAGUGCAGAGAGUCACCAAGUACCCUCUGAUGUUGGCCGAGUUGAACAAACACACCCCCACUACUCACCCCGAUAAGGGGGAUUUGGGCAUGGCAGUUGAGAGGUUGCAGCAGGCGGUGGGUGUGAUCAAUCAGAACAAGCGGGCCAAGGAAGUUAUUGAGAGAUAUAAGGUGGUGGAGCCGAGUAGUCUUCGCAACAUGGUGUCGAAGAUCAGUGUGAGUAGUCUGUCGAAGAAGAGACAUCGACUGGCCCAGAGUGUGACCAGAAGAAUAGCCUCCUCCUCCGUCAAUCUGGUCCACGACCAACAGCUGGAAUUAGAGAGGACUCAACUGCGCACGGUGGAGAAACAGCUGCAACAGCUACAGGGAUCACUAGGCGCGUACAGUCGGACCACUGCAACGUUCGCUACACAUGUGCUCUCAAUGGCUCACGAAGCUGUCGAUUUACUGAGACACUCCACCACGAAUGGCAAAAGAGGGGGAGCUGACGAUGGAAGAGAAAUGUAUAAAGCAUACGUCACAUUAUGCGACAGUGUUAAAGACUUAAGUGGCAAACAUGUAAAGGGUGUGGAAAAAAGUGUCGAAAGAAGGGUGGGAAGACUAGCUAGUCUUUUCAGUGGUCCUAAUAAUCUUUUGAAGAAAAGAGACGACAAACUUCUGGACUACGAAAGGCUUUUGUCUUUACACGCGGCAGAUAAUAGCUCAAUAGAGAAUUCUACGGAUGAGAAUCUUGUAACGGCCAAAGGCAAUUACACGGCAUUAAAUGAACAGCUGAAACAAGAUUUACCCCAGUUUAAUUCAGUCCUCCAAAACAGCAUCUCAGAUCUCUCAAUUUUGUUCCUAAGAAUGAGAAAAAACUUUCUAAAUGAAGUUUUUCAGAAGUACCACACAUACGCUGCACAACAUGUAAAACAGGUUCGAGGCGAAACUCAUGAAGAUAUAAGACAAGAGUUUGAAAGAAGACACGUUGAAGUCGCUUCUCAAAUGGCGGCCAGAGUUGCUUUCAUUCCAGCUGCUUUUUCAGCUUCAACACUGCCUAUUGAAGUGGCACAAGACAAAGGAAGGAAUCGUAAAGGAACAAAUGGAGCAUCGAUGAAGAAGUCGUCGAAGACUGCUACUCUGAAGAGCUCGGAUGGGAAACAAACAGAAGCGGACAAAGAAAGACUUCGAGAGAUGUUUCAACAUAUAGAUCUCUACACGUGUAAGAGUAUAUACAGGAGCAACAAGCCAGUACAUGUAAAUUUGGAAUCGGGAGACUUAGUUGGAGUUAUUCAGAGGAAAGAUCCAAGCGGAAGUGAUAAGAUCUGGAUGGUUGACAAGGGUGGAGACAAAGGGUUAGUCGAGGCAGUUUUCCUAUCGCCAAUCUUCCCGACUAGUCCUAUUGACGAGCACGACCCGGUUGUGAUGCGGCAAAAGAGAAAUGUCAGUGCCAGGAGUUCAGAACCGAAACAACCCGGGAGAAUGAGACCAAAGUCAAUGUUCGAAUCCAGUUGGGAAGAAGAUCAGUCACCAGCCAAGCAUGAACCCCUGGGUCGCACGGUCUCCUCCGGUCGAGACGAAGCAGAUCUCGGUAUGCUUGCACCUGUGUACAAGCAUACGAAUGUGUCAAAUACGAAUGGAAUGAUUCCUUCGCCUGCUUCGCAAACGAAUAAUCGCUCUAGAGCUGCGCUUUCGACAACCUAUUCUAGUAGCACAAUUCUAAAUUCACCGGUUAAACAUACACAAAGUAAUCAAGCCAUAUCAAUAAAUGCGCCUGGUAUUUCGUCGUCCUCGCGAAGAUCAAUAAUUGGGUUACAGUCCUCUAGUCGAAACAACGAAGACACCACUCUGAAACUGUUUGACCCUUUGAGCGAUAAUUCUUCAGUCAACGCCGUGGAAUUGGUUGGGUAUAAUUAUAACACACCUGCCUUGACUGGGUCAGCUAUGCCAAGUAGUUCCAAUGCAGGAACUGCGCAGCAACAAACACAAAGAAAUCAGCAGACUAUAGCAUUCAAUGGAUCUGUUGGUAACAACAAUCAGUUUAGCACUGGAUCGGCGACCUGUAAGUUCUCCGAUCUUUCACUGGAUUCUGGCUUCGGAGGAUCGCCUCUGUCGUCGAUGGCCAAUGCAUCAAAUUCUCACAGACACGCAAUUUCAUCUUCAUAUUCCUCCUCUUCCCUGUUUGGUAUGCGAGGCAGUCAUACUCCUCAGGACAAUUCACAGGGAGGCGGUGCGGAUCACAUCUACAGUAAUCGAAAUGGGAGUUUGAGGGGUGAGAAAUGGCAGGUGUUGUGGAGCCACGACGCGAGUACCCAAAACGAGAUCUCUCUGAGAGAGGGAAUGGUAGUCGAGGUCUUGCAGAAGAGUGACUUGUCAGGUAACACUGAAUGGUGGCUUGUCAGGGAUCUGAACGUCGAGUCAGAAGGAUACUUCCCAGCUUUAUACCUCCAGCAGAUGACCUGUUAGCACAUUUAACGGCAAUGACAAGUACCUGCUUUCAAAUCAACACCUUAAGCAUCUCGAGAAUCAAUGCAGCACAAGAUCAACAUGAAUAAUGGUGAAACUUUAAAACGUUCAACAUUUCUAACUCUAAUUAGUAAUUUUCAAUUCACCCGAAUCUGUAAAUUGUACAUACAAUAAAACUGCCCUGUUGGUCUGUCUGUUUUUCUAUCUAUCCUUGGUUUAACCUGGAGGAUGACUGACAUAUCUUUUUAGAUACAAAUGGAAUUUAAAUUUUAUUUUUCUU